AUGGCUGAGGAGAAGAAAAGGGAGGUUCUGGGACUGAAACCAAAAGGUGACCUUAUCAGGGAAGCAGAGGAGAGGCCACUCCAGCGAAGCCAAGCUCCAGCUCUGGCCCUGGCUCCAGCAGGGCUCAUGAAGGGAGACAAGUGUGAGGAGCCGGGGCCGGACCCCAAGUCCGCGGCCCCCCAGCUGCCCACGGAGGAGGAGGAGGCCCUGAUCGAGUUCCACCGCUCCUACCGAGACCUGUUCCAGUUCUUCUGCAACAACACCACCAUCCACGGCGCCAUCCGCCUGGUGUGCUCCCAGCACAACCGCAUGAAGACGGCCUUCUGGGCCGUGCUCUGGCUCUGCACCUUUGGCAUGAUGUACUGGCAGUUUGCCCUGCUGUUCGAAGAGUACUUCAGCUACCCCGUCAGCCUCAACAUCAACCUCAACUCCGACAAGCUGGUCUUUCCCGCUGUGACCGUCUGCACCCUCAAUCCCUACAGGUACACGCAAAUCAAAGGGGAGCUGGAGGAGCUGGACCGCAUCACGGCGAAGACGCUCUUCGACCUGUACAAAUACAACUCCUUUAACACCCUCGGGGGCCAUCCCCGCGGCCGCCGCGGCCUCCGGGAGGCCCUGCCGCACCCCCUGCAGCUCCUGGGGGACCCGGACUCGCCCCCCGCGGCCCGCAGAGCCCGCAGCGCGGCCUCCAGCAUGCGGGACAACAACCCCCAGGUGAACUGGAAGGACUGGAAGAUCGGCUUCAAGCUGUGUAACCAGAACAAAUCCGACUGCUUCUACCAGACAUACUCAUCAGGGGUGGAUGCGGUGAGGGAGUGGUAUCGCUUCCACUACAUCAACAUUCUGUCGAGACUGCCAGACUCCUUUACGUCUCUGGAGGAGGACAAGCUGGGCAACUUCAUCUUCAGCUGUCGCUUCAACCAGGCCUCCUGCAGCCAGGCGAAUUAUUCUCACUUCCACCACCCGAUAUAUGGAAACUGCUACACGUUCAAUGGCGAGAACAACUCCAACCUCUGGAUGUCUUCUAUGCCUGGGGUCAACAACGGUCUAUCCCUGACACUGCGCACAGAGCAGAAUGACUUCAUCCCGCUGCUGUCCACAGUGACUGGGGCCAGGGUCACGGUGCACGGGCAGGAUGAGCCUGCCUUCAUGGAUGAUGGUGGCUUUAACUUGCGACCUGGUGUGGAGACCUCCAUCAGCAUGAGGAAGGAAGCCCUGGACAGACUUGGGGGCAACUAUGGAGACUGUACCUAUAAUGGCAGUGAUGUCCCUGUCAAGAACCUUUACCAUUCCAAGUACACACAGCAGGUGUGCAUUCACUCUUGCUUCCAGGAGAGGAUGGUCAAGGAGUGUGGCUGUGCCUACAUCUUCUAUCCACGGCCCGAGCAUGUGGAGUACUGUGACUACAGGAAGCAUGAUUCCUGGGGCUACUGCUACUAUAAGCUCCAGGGUGCCUUCGCCUCAGAUCGCCUGGGCUGUUUCACCAAGUGCCUGAAGCCGUGCAGUGUGACCAGUUACAAGCUCUCUGCAGGUUACUCGCGAUGGCCCUCCGUGACAUCCCAGGACUGGGUCUUCCGGAUGUUAUCCCUACAGAAUAAUUACACCAUCAAAAACAAAAGAAAUGGUGUUGCCAAACUCAAUGUCUUCUUCAAGGAGCUGAACUACAAAACCAAUUCUGAGUCUCCCUCCGUCACAAUGGUCACCCUCCUGUCCAACCUGGGCAGCCAGUGGAGCCUGUGGUUCGGCUCCUCAGUGCUGUCUGUGGUGGAGAUGGCGGAGCUCAUCUUUGACCUCAUGGUCAUUACAUUCCUCAUGCUGCUGCGGAGGUUCAGAAGCCGAUACUGGUCUCCAGGCCGAGGGGGCAGAGGUGCCCAGGAGGUGGCCUCCACUCCAGCUUCCUCCCUCCCUUCCAGUGUUUGCCCCCAGCUCCCCUCCUCGGCCUCAUCUCUGGCAACCCCUGAUACUUCCCCAACCUUGACUGCCCCUCCACCGGCCUAUGCCACCCUGGCCCCCUGCCCAGCUCCAUCCAGCUUGGCAGGGGCCAGCUCCUCUGUCUUCACUCUGGAGGAGCCCUGA